AUGCUUAAUUUAUUUUUUCUAUUUGAAAAUAUUAAGUUAAUUGUAAAACUAAAAGGGCUGAAGUUAUCAAUUCAUGUAUACACGAGGGGCCUUAGUGUAUGUAAAGGAUCCUUUAAAACUCUGUCACUGCCUCACCCACCAGAGACGCUUCCUUCCUCACUCCUCCUGUUGCCGCCGCCGUGCCACCGGCGCCCUCCACCUUCACACUCAAAAAACACCACCAGUUCUACCCCCCUUCAAAUUUCUCUGAAACACUCACUCACGCUCAUGAUCAAUUCUCUCCCUGUUUUGUUUUCGUUAACGGAAAUCUACGUUAAUUUUCCACGAAACAGUAACAGAAUCAAGAAAUUGCUUGAAGCAGACUCAACUGCUUCAUACACUCUCCCUCUAGUGGUGAUUAAGAGGGAAAUGAAGGAUGUUUUCUUGGGUGGGGAAGUUAGCAUCAGCAUUCUGCUUGAAAAACACGCAUUCGGUGAAUUCUCAUUCGCAGUUGUUCAAGCCAAUGAGGUUUUAGAAGAUCACAGUCAGGUAGAGAUAGGUCAAAACGCCACCUUCAUUGGCGUCUACGAUGGCCAUGGUGGCCCAGAAGCUUCACGCUACAUCUGUGAUCACCUUUUCCCUCAUCUCAUCCGUCUUACUCAAGAAAACGGAUUAAAUUUAACAUCGUCAAAAAGCCUUAAAGAUGCUGUUUCUGCUACUGAAGAGGGGUUUCUCUCUCUAGUGAGAAGAACAUGUGGGAUAAAGCCAUUAAUGGCUGCUGUUGGAUCUUGUUGUUUAGCUGGACUCAUAUCUCAAGGCACAUUGUACGUUGCUAAUAUGGGCGAUUCUAGAGCUGUGAUAGGCCGUUUAAAUAAACGCAAAUCAAAUAAAAUUAUAGCUGAACAAAUCACUGAAGAUCAUAACGCUUCCAUGGAUGAAAUAAGACAAGAACUUAAAUCUGAUCAUCCAGACGACCCUCAUAUUGUUGUCAUGAAACAAGGCGUCUGGCGUAUCAAAGGCAUCAUUCAGGUAUCCAGAACGAUUGGAGACGCGUAUUUGAAAAAACCCGAAUUUGCCCUCGACCCAUCGUUCCCGCGGUUCCAUCUUCGCGAACCGAUCCAGCGACCCGUUUUGAGAAGCGGGCCGUCGAUGCAUACUCGGGAGUUAAAACCGGAAGACAAGUUUGUUGUGUUUGCAUCGGAUGGAUUAUGGGAACACAUGACAAAUCAACAAGUAGUGGAGAUUGUUCACAAUAACCCUCGACCAGGUAUUGCAAGAAGGCUUGUGAAGUCAGCAAUGGUGGAAGCUGGUAGGAAAGCAGGGAAGAAGAGGUACGAUGAAGUGAAGAAGAUGGAGAAAGGGUGUAGACGUGCGAUUCAUGAUGAUAUAACGGUGGUGGUUGUUUUUAUCGAUCAUCAAAAGAUGAAUAUGGGAAUCGAUGAGUUAUCGAUGCGUGGGUUUAAUGACUCGACUUCACCUUCUGGUUUUAGGGCUUUGGGAUGAAAAAAAUACUCGGUUUUGUGUACUUUUAAUCUUUUUUUUUUUUUUUGGCAGAU